AUGGGAAUUCUCCCAUCUGAAACAUUAGAUAAAAAAUAUAGAAAACAAUUAAUAAAAUCAAUCUCAUCGAAUAAUUCAAUUCAUAGACUUUUAUAUUUCAUCGAAAAUGACAAAGAAUUAAUUCAACUUCACCCCUGUGAAAUCAUUGAAAAAUUUUUCAAUUGUCAUGGUUUAACAUUUUCAAAUAUAAUUCUCAAUCAUCCUAAUUACUCUCAAGAUUUUAAAUUAUUAAUUUUAAUUUCAUCAAUUAUGUUUAUUAUUUUUAGUAGUUUUAGUUAUAGUUGUGGAAGUAGUGGUAGUAGUAUAACAACUUCAAGAGAUUAUAUCAUUAAAUUAAAUCAAUUAAAAUUUGAUCAAUCAAUAAUAUUUGAUAAUGAUUUAAUCGAUGAAUCAAUUGACAAAGUAACAGAAACAAAGAAAAGAUAUUUAAGAGGAGUAUUUAUAAAUUACUUUGAAAAUUCAUUACCAACAUUCUCUAAAAAUAAUAAUUUAAUAAUUAUUUCUCGUUUAAUUUUAAUUAAAAUUAAAAAUGUUAUUCAAAAAAAUAGUAUUGAUGUUAUUGAUAACAAUAAUAAUAAUAAUAAUUUAAUUUUUUCAUUUUAA